CCACCGCACUAUGUCGGCACUCUCCAACAUCGCGUUUGCUUUCUCCAUCCUUCCACCAUCAACCUCACGACCGAAACAAGUGUCGAAUUCCGGUAGUUAGACCUUAUAAACUGCGUGGAGAUGGGUCGUCGUCAAAAGAACAAACAGGGAGUUCCCCCUUCGCUCGAUGAGAUUAAGAAAAAGGCUCCGAAACCGGUCCAGAAAAAACGGAAAUUAGAGGCUGAAAAGCCGGUUGCGUCCCGUAAACGGAAACUCGAGAAAGAGAAAAAGGCUCUCUUCGCUGAAGAAGAAGCAGAGGACGAGCAACUGGUUGCGUCUGGCGCUGAAGAGGCCUCUAGCAACGAUGAUGAAUUCACUGGAUUUGGCAGUGAAGGCGAGGACAACGAUUCUGAGGUUGAGGGUGCCGGUGAGACGGACGAAUUCGACUUAGAUGAAAUGGAGGAUGAUUCAGAUGAAGAAGAUUCAAUUUUCGAUUCAGAUGAAGAAGCUCAGGCCCGACCUAUGUUCAGUGAUGACUCCGGUGACGAGCAAGACUUAGAGCUCGCCAAUAUGGAGGCCCUUUCAAAGCAGAUUGAGGAAGAGGAAGAGCAGGAAGCCGAAGAAGCUGAAGAGGAGCUUCACACGAACGUUGUUCCUGAGGCCCCUGUUGUCCUUCCACCUCCUGGUGAAGAUACGGAUGAAGCUGGCUUGUCUCAGGAUUUGGGACAAGUACAAUUACGUAUGCAAGAGAUUGUUCGUGUGCUGAAUGAUUUCAAGACGUUAUGUGAACCUGGACGUAGCAGAACCGAGUAUGUUGAUCAGCUGCUUAAAGACAUCUGUACCUAUUACGGUUACUCGCGUUUCUUGGCUGAAAAACUUUUUGAGAUGUUUCCUGUUUCUGAGGCCAUCGAGUUUUUCGAGGCCAAUGAAACUCCUCGUCCCAUGACCAUCCGUACCAACACCCUUAAAACAAACCGUCGUGAGCUGGCUCAGGCUCUUAUCAAUCGUGGUGUCAAUUUGGAACCCAUUGGUAAAUGGACCAAGGUCGGUUUACAAGUGUUUGACUCUCAAGUGCCAAUUGGUGCUACUCCCGAGUAUUUGGCUGGCCAUUACAUCCUUCAAGCCGCAUCCUCUUUCCUUCCCGUUAUGGCCCUGGCUCCCCAACCUCACGAGCGUAUCCUUGAUAUGUCCUCUGCUCCUGGUGGUAAGGUUACUUACAUUGCUGCCCUUCAAAAGAACUCUGGUGUUAUUUUUGCAAACGAUUCCAACAAAGCCAGAAUCAAGGCUCUGUCAGCCAACAUUCACCGUCUUGGUGUGCGCAACACAAUUGUUUGUAAUUAUGAUGGUCGUAAGUUCCCUGAAGAGGUUUUGGGUGGCUUCGAUCGUGUCAUGCUUGAUGCACCUUGUUCCGGUACCGGUGUUAUUCACAAGGACCAGUCUGUGAAGGCAAACAAGACUGCGCAUGACUUUGAUAUGCUUGGUCACCUUCAACGCCAACUUUUGCUCUCGGCAAUUGACUCUGUUGAUGCUGAAAGCAAAACUGGUGGCUACAUCGUCUAUUCUACUUGUAGUAUUACUGUCGAUGAAGAUGAGGCCGUUAUUCAAUAUGCCUUGAAAAAGCGACCCAACGUCAAGUUGGUGUCUACUGGGUUGGAGUUUGGUCGCGAAGGCUUCACUCGUUACCGCGAGAAACGCUUCCAUCCUAGUUUGAAACUGACACGUCGUUACUAUCCUCACGUUCACAAUAUCGACGGUUUCUAUGUCGCCAAGCUGAAAAAGCUGUCCAACAAAAUCCCCACUAUUUCCAACACAGAGGAGGAAGUGGCAGAGGAGGACGAGCAUGAGAUUGCUGUCAGUGACAAUCUUGGUGCUCAUAGCGAAGAGCUCACAUUCAACGAUGAGGCCGACAAGGAGAUCAUUGAGGCCAGUCGCAAGAAGUGGCUGAAAUCAAAGGGCUACAAGGUUUCUAACAAAAAAUCAGAAGCGUCCGCCUAGGGUCGGAGUGCGUUCGGUUGAUCUUUUUGGUUUUCUUAAGAUUGAUGCAUUCUUGGGUUGUUUGUGAAUAUGUUUGGGGUUGCUUGUAUUUCAUCUGCACAGCAAGUGCCGGCGUCCCUCUUUAAGGUUAGGUUGGUUUAUAAUUUUGUUCUUGUAUUCAAUAAAAACAGUUACCCAUACCCAUCAAUACGAAUUGUUUGUAC